AUGAACCACGAAACACUCAUGAGCAAUCCAUGAGACACACUACCAACAAUGGUCAGACAAUGGAUAUCUGCUCAGGGAAAGGACCGAAUUUUUUGCUUGAAAGCGCUCAUCGUAUGGUUGAUUUUAGGAUGAUCCCUGU